AUGAAGGUCUUGUUAGGCCUGUUGUUUCUUUGGUUGUUCUCCUCACAAGGUGAUGCAGAUCAUCUGGAAGAACAGGGGAAACAAAAGGCUCUAAGAAGCUUCCAGUUUCCAUGUGACCAGGUGAUGUUAUCUGAGAGCCCUUCAUCUUCAGUUCAUGCUCUGCGGCCAGCUGACGUUAAAAUAGUCACUGCAAUAGGAAGUUUGCAAAGAACAGAAGGACUUGGUGUACAUCGUGAGCAUUUACUCCAAAGCACAGGAAAGAGCCUCCUUGAAGUGUGCGUGGAAACUUUAGCAGCUCUCAUUAGCAGUUUUAAUCCAUCGGUCCUACACCAGCCUCCUCUGCCUGGCACAAAGGGAGUGACAUCAGAGAGUCAAGCCAUAGACCUCCUGCAUCAAGCUGAAGAAAUAGUCAAGCUCAUGAAAGAGAAUCAGAUGAUGGACUUUCAGAAUGACUGGAAACUUAUCACAGUGUUUUUUAGUGCUGAAAACCCAUGUUAUUCCUGUACCUCUACACUACUGAAGAACUGCAUAUUGGACAACCUGGAAAAGCUCAAACCUGUCUUGGAUUUUUUGUAUAAUGAGGUUCCCAAGGCCUUUGUAAAUCUAGUGGAUUUCACUGAACUCACAACUUCCUCUCUUGCAUGCCAAGAUUACAAUAAUGUCAGUGAUUCUGACAAUAAUCAGUGCAGUUGUUUUGGUGAACACUCCAUAUUCAAUGAUAACAUCCUGAGGUGGUCCUAUCAGGAUGCUUGGGAAAGGCUACUGGACUAUAAGGGGUUUGAUCAAAAGAAUGACUUCACUGUCAUUCUUCAGUCUUCUCUCCAAGAAAGUAAUCUGCUGCUCAGGCUGGGCAGGGAUGGUUUCAAUACCACAUCAAAAACACCAGGGGAAACUCUGGAAGAAGACUAUAUUUCCAUGGCUUUGGGCCUCUGGAACAAUAUGAUGGAGCCAGUUGGACAGAAGCAGCCUUAUGGUGCCACAAGAAUGCCUCAGAUCCAGUGUCCAUCUCAGGGAAGUCCAUAUUUGUUUACAUAUAGAAAUAGUAACUACUCAUCUUCCCCAGAGACAUCAAGCACCAAAGAAACAUCUCAGGAGAGAAGUUAUGGAACAAAUAUUCCCUGUUUUGACCGGGAACCCUCUAUUUCCAUUCCAGUUUCAGUUCAUAAUUUGAAACCAGCAGAUAUUCGUGUGAUCGCCGCCCUGGGAGAUUCACUCACAGCAGGUAAUGGGGCAGCAUCCAAACCCCAAGAUGUUCUUGAUGUCCUGACUCAAUACCGAGGUGUUUCUUGGAGUGUUGGAGGAAAUGAAAACAUAAGCACAGUCACCACACUAGCAAACAUUCUUCGUGAGUUCAACCCAUCCCUGAUAGGGUAUUCCACUGGCACGGGAAGGCAGACUACAAAAAAUGCUGCUCUCAAUCAAGCUGUGGCAGGGGAUCAUGCAGAGGGUGUUCCUGCCCAGGCUAGAAGACUAGUGGAACUAAUGAAGAAUGAUACUAGAAUAAAUAUGCAGACAGACUGGAAGCUUAUAACAAUUUUCAUAGGAGGAAAUGACCUAUGCCAUUUCUGCAAUGAUCCAGUACACUUCUCUCCUGAAAAUUACACCUACAAUAUACAGAUAGCUUUGGACAUACUUCACAGAGAGGUUCCACGUGCGUUUGUGAACCUGGUGACAAUUCUUCCCAUAGUAAACCUCCAGGAGCUGCACACAUCACAAAAUACCUGCCCAAAGCUGCUUAUGAGGUUGCUGUGUCCUUGUGUAAUAAAUCCUAAGAACAAUUCCAAUGAGCUGAAGAAGUUGGUCUACUUUAACAGAAUGUAUCAGGAGAGAACCCGCCAGUUAGUGGAGAGCGGAAGGUAUGACACUACAGAUGAUUUCACAGUGGUUAUGCAACCAUUUCUGAUGAAUGCACCCAUCCCAAGGACAGAGGAGGGGUUGCCAGACCGUUCCUAUUUUGCCCCAGAUUGUUUCCACUUCAGCCAGAAGUCACAUUCCCAGGCUGCACGUGCUUUGUGGAACAACAUGCUGGAACCUUUAGGAGAGAAGACAGAUAAUCAGCAAUUGGAAGAUGAGAUUGUUCUCAAAUGUCCAAGUGAAACUGAGCCAUUCCUGAGGACAUAUAAGAACAGUAAUUACACAUACCCCAGCCGAACUCUAAAUUACGGAAGUCAGCUGCUAUGUGAAGACAGGUCUCCAUCCUUCCCUCCUGCAACUUCAGUGCAUUCCCUAAGGCCAGCUGAUGUGAAAACUAUAGCAGCCCUCGGGGAUUCUUUGACGGCCGGUACCGCAAUUGCCUCAGAUAAUCUCCUGGAUUUGGACACGGAAUACCGGGGACUGUCCUGGAGUAUUGGAGGAGAUGCAUCAUUAGAGAAUGUGACAACUCUACCGAACAUCUUUCGAGAGUUCAGCGUUACACUUGUGGGGUACUCAACCGGCACCGGGAGCGAGAACGAUGCAAAUGCAUUCCUUAACCAGGCAGUUCCUGGAGCACAGGCUGAGCACUUACCAGCCCAAGCAAGAAAUCUCCUGAGACUAAUGAAAACUGAUCCUAGAAUUGACUUCAGUGCUGACUGGAAGCUCAUAACAGUCCAUAUUGGAGGCAACGAUCUGUGCAACUAUUGCAAGGACCCUGGUCACUACUCAGCUGUGAAUUUCACUGGAAGAGUUCAAGAAACUCUUGAUAUUCUGCACAAGGAGGUUCCAAAAGCUCUAGUGAGUGUAGUUGAUGUGAUGAACCUCCUUCAUCUGAGACAGUUGUUUGUGGAUAGUCAAACUCAGUGCCCAACUUACAUGACAGAUUAUCUGUGUAGUUGUGUUCUCACAGGAGAAGACAACUCACUGAAUUUAACCAUGGUGAGGGAAGCCACCAAAGCUUACCAGCUUGGUAUUCAGAGACUAGUGGAGUCUGGCAGAUAUAACACUCGUGAAGAUUUCACAGUCGUCAUCCAGCCGUUCUUCCAAAAUAUGAAGAUUCCUCUUGGUCAGGAUGGGCAUCCAGAUGUCUCCUACUUUUCACCUGACUGCUUACAUCCAAGUCAGAAAGGACAUUCUCAGCUUGCCAGGGCUCUUUGGAAUGCUAUGCUGCAGCCUGUAGGGCAGAAAACUGACUCAUUUGAUUUCACGGCUGACAUUGUCCUUGACUGUCCAACUCAGAGCAAACCAUUCCUGGGAACAUAUAAGAAUAGCAACCAUACAUAUCCACCUGUGGAGCCUACUAAUGAACCAAUAGAGAACUGGGGCAGCGACCUGUCAUGUUCUGAACAGGCUCCAUCCAGUCAUGUCCCAACAUCAGUACAUGAGCUACAACCUGCUGACAUCAAGGUCACAGGGGCAUUGGGAGAUUCCCUGACUACUGCAGUAGGAGCCAAACCAACUGACGUACAAACAGAAUUGAGAGGACUUUCCUGGAGUAUUGGAGGUGAUGGGACCCUGGAGACCUACACUACUUUACCCAAUAUCCUGAAAAAAUUCAAUCCGAACCUCUUUGGCUUCUCCACUGGCAGCUCUAAGGAAACAGCUGGAUUCAACGUGGCAGAAGGAGGGUCCACAGCACGCUAUAUGCCAGCCCAAGCACAUAAAUUGGUGGAGCUCAUGAGAAGCAGCUCGGAAAUUAAUUUCAAGGAAGAUUGGAAGCUGAUCACUGUCUUCAUUGGAGGCAACGACCUAUGCCAGUACUGCUUGGACAAGGAAACCUAUUCAGUGCAGAAGUAUGUAAAGCACCUUCAAGACAUGCUGGAUAUUUUCUAUGAGGAGCUCCCAAGAGUCUUUGUCAACAUGGUGGAGAUACUAGACAUAUCUGGACUGCGUCAGAUAGCAGCAAGCUCUUCAGAGUGUGCUUCGAUAACAAAGAAUGUUUGCCCAUGUGUCUUAGACCCCGAGGAAAAUUCUUCCGAACUACAAGAAAUUAAGAGAGUUAACAGAGAUUUUCAGGCUGAAGCUUUACAGCUUAUCAACAGCGGUCAGUACGACGAGCGUGAGGACUUUGCGGUUGUCAUGCAGCCAUUUUUCCGCAACGCUUUGUUGCCUCUGGAUAGCAAUGGCAAGCCAGACCUGAGUUUCUUUGCUGUAGACUGCUUUCAUUUCAGUGAAAGAGGAUAUGCUGAGAUGGCUGUGGCUCUCUGGAAUAACAUGCUGGAGCCGGUUGGAGAAAAGCAGACUUACAGCAACUUUACCCAUGACAGAUCAAAACUCAAGUGUCCAAACCCAGAGAAGCCAUUUCUUUCCACAAUGAGAAACAGUGGAUUCAGAAAUUCAGUUCUCAACUUGGAGAAAACUGAACCUUCAGUCCCUUAUUGGGCUGUCAUUGUGGCUGCAGUAGCUGGAGUCCUGGUGGGUUCUUUACUCGUCUGGUUUGUGUCAGGAAGAAGAGUCAAGAGGCACCCACAUAACACAGAAAACAACACUAAAGAGACAUCUCUGUAA